AUGGUUGUGAAACCCAUCAAGCCGUACACCAUCAACAGCGGUGUGCGGUCGAAAACCGUCGCCUGGGUCGUUUGCGAUCCGCAUCAGGACGUAGGGGCUGGUGUGGAGGAAGGGGCAGCGGAGGAGAAAGGGGAGAGACGCACGCCUGCGGCGGAACCGCGGCGGUUGUUUUGCAACUACGGCUCGCUGUACGUGGGAGUGUGA